AUGACAGUGAAUGGCGUGCCGUGGCCCAAUGACGUCACUCGCAGAAACUCGCACACCUUCAACUGCCGCAUGCUCGUGCGGCCCCCGGACGACUCUGACGACGAAGCAUCCAACUGCCAGGAGGCGCGGCAGAAGUACGAGACGAUGCAGUGCUUUGCCGUCUACCAGCCCAAGUCCAUUCUGGAGGAGGGAGAGGAUCUGCAGUCGUGUUUGAUUUGUGUGGCACGGCCUAUUCUGACCAAGGACAGAACGCAAUCCAAACCCACACAUGAAACAUUUACCACCAGGCAAGACCUCAGAGGGAACAUUGUGUUCAUUGACAAAAAUGCCGCGCAAGCGUACAUGAAGCCUGGCUGGGAGGAGGUGGUACGACGAUGUCUGCACACCUUUUGUCAGACCCGUGACAAUGAAAUGUCACUUGCCAGACGACACAACCAGGAAGUACUGAAGUCUGGCUUUGCUCACAGCCCCUUCUACAAGUUGAUGUUGGCAGAUGGUACAAUCAUCUCUGCCCAGACGAAGAGUCAGAUUCUGCGCAAUCCAGCCACCAACCAGCCACACUUUGUCGUGUCUAUGCAUACCGUCAUUCGGGAACAAGCGGACAUGACGGGUCACAGCAGUGCAAAUUCAAUGGCAGGCCCGGCCAUGAUGUCCCCAGCCACUCACAGGGACAUGGCCAGCAGGGCGGAUCGGGACAACAGUGCCCUCCCUUUCUGGGAAACGCGAAUCCCAUGGGGGAUCAGUUCCAGUUUUCUCGUGUUCCGCCCAUGGACCCAGCCAGACUUCUCCAGCACUGAGACUGCAGAUCAACCAGCAGAGCUCACCAGGCCAGCAGCAGAAGGUACCCAGCUCAUCCCAGCAGAGCCCUUCCAAUCAGCAGAGGGGCCCUGGACCACCCAGUUCCCUCAGCAGAGCUCGCCAACUCCUCAGAGGAUGUCAAGCCGGGCAUCUCGCAGAGGGUCAGCCACUCCCAGCAAAGUCCUUCGCCUGGUGGACAGAGGUUUGGCAACCCGCAGACAUCGCCGGGCCAGCGAUCGGGAACCCACAGAGCUCACCUAG